GUAAAAAGAUUACAACUGUGUUGUAUUAACUUACACUUCCAAGUUUCUGACAUACUACUGACAUCGUGCCUUUGGACAGUGCGAAUUUGAAUAUUUUGCUAAAUAUUAACAAAAUGACCGAUAAUACAGGAAUAGAAAGGGAAAAACAUAUGAAACAAUUAAAGCGUAGAAUGGAAUGUUGGCGUGAGCUUAUACUUCCAUUAAAUUCCAUUCUAUUAUGGGAACGAUCUUGGUACCCUGGUCUCAUAUUUGGAAUUACUACCACAAUAUUUUUCCUCAUAUGGAUGUUGGAACCUGCUUUCCUUACAAUAAUAUCUAUAUUUCUUCUUCUGUUGGCUUUAAUUGAUUAUCUUGUGCCACCUAUGACAUCCCUUUUAUACCCUGUUAAUAGCUGGACAGGUCAAAAAGAAAAAAAGUUGAAUGAGAUUUGUCAGAACUUAUCCAUAACGAUUUUGCACUUGCAAGAUUUAUGGAGGUCAAUGUUACAAACACGAAAGGAUCGUCCGAAUGUUUAUUAUGCAGCAAUAAUAACUUUUCUUGUCAUUUGUAUAUGGAUUGGAAGUACAAUCAACAACUUGCUUCUGUCUUAUAUCGCAGGUAAUAUGUUUGUAAUUCAUUUUUUAAAUUAUGUAUUCUAUAAAGUACAUGUAUUAGAAUCAUCUGUGUUCUAUUGGGAUGUUGCAGUGAACAUUGUUUUACUUAUGCCAGGACUUAGACAUAGAGGACGUGCAAUAUCAACGUUUGUGCGUGAUUGUGUGUAUCUCUUUCAUGGUCUUUCUCAUUUAUAAGACUUCUUAUCUAUACUAGGUUAAUUUAUAACUUAUUUAUUUACAAUUAAGGAAAACUAGAUUUUCAGCUUUUAAAAGGUACAAUUAUUAUGAUAGAGAUUACUAUUAAUUAUUUUGUCAUUUUAUAUAACAUCUUAUAUUACCGUUUACUUUGAAUGCACUUUUAUACCAUAAACAUGUUUGCACAUUGUUUUCUCAUUCAUAAAUCAUAAUAAAACUAUUUCAUCUUUUAUCCCAGUUAUGAUACUUAACUGACGAUAUUCAUGUAUUUAAUUCAAUGUCAUUUAUUUCAUCUAGCGUUGGCUACUGUAUUUACAUCACGUACUAUUAGAUUGCAUCAUAUAUCAUGCAAUAUUAAUUUUGCUGUAUAACAUUGUGUAUAAUUUUGAAAGUUUUGAAAAUCGCGGGUAUAGCGAAGGACAUAUUUGGCGGCGCUGGUGGCAUGUUUUUAUAAAAGAAGAUGACACUGAAAA